AACAUUAAGAGUGACUUCUCAUAUAACCAUGAAAAGUCAGUAAAUUUUAGUCACAGAUCCAGCUUGUGACAGUGUCUAGAUUUAGUUCUAAAUUAGAUCUAGUUUAUAAAGAUAAUUGGCACAUAACUUGAAAACUUCGUGAAUUUUAGUCAAUUUAAUUAUCUCGAUCAGUGUUUCCCCAACUUUUUCUAUAACUGAAUACUUCGCACAUUUGGAGUAUUUUGUGGAUAUCAGGCAUGAUAUCAGCAAUCUGAAUUCUAAAUCUGAUCUGGUGUGGUGUGAAGCCUUUUUCUAUACUUUGUUGCAACAUAAAAAGAAAAACCUGCUGCACACAAAUAGGCUGUAAAACCCUGGAAUGUAACUCUAGGAACUGAAGUAAAAUAACAAGCAGCUUGUUCUCAAAUAUUUUGAUACUCUUCUGACAAACUCAACCAGAAAUCAUUGAAAGGUUGAUGCUGAUCCGUUGAAGCAUGUUUCAAAUGACACAACUGAUAAGAAAUGUACCUACCAUCACCAGCAAAAAGAAAGUAUUUGUGUUAGGGGUUGUCUUCUUUGUGUUCAUCUACUUAUUAAUUCACGUAAAAAGUUUUCAGAAAAUAGCCAACAACUUUAUUAUCAGACCUUGUGAUAAUGAGCACUCAAGAAAUAUCAUCACUCAAAUAUGUUCUCUCUACAAGUCUGGUGAAAUCAAUGGAACUUUAUGUGAACCAUUAUGUAACACUUACCAAGUUACAUUUACAAAGUGCCUGAACUACAGAAGUGGUAAGUUUGUUAUCCAAGCUGAAUGCAAUGACAUGUGUGUCCCAAGGGUCACAGUCUCUGCUGUAUUGAAAAUGAGCAGAAUCAAGGAGGCCAGCGUAAAGGACUACAUAGAAUCCAUUGGCCUAGAGCUGUUGCGUCUGGUGAACAGCAACAUUCAAACUAUACUUGGGCAGAUGAACCUACAUAACUACUCUGUUAGCUCUGAAAGCCUCUCAGUCAUCACCGCUGACCUGCUGAAGUCUGAGUAUGGAUUUCUGAGCAGAGACAAUCAGAACGUUCUUAACAACCUAUGGGGCAAUGACUACUACACAAGGUUCACAGGGACAGUCACCUCGUUUAUUUAUGCUAGGUCCUACUGGUCUGUUGUGAAACAAAAUGAGUUCAGAGUCUCACAAUUUUUUAACAACUGGGAUGUUUUUCCAAAAAUUUAUGCCUUUUGUGGGCCAUUGUACAUUACUGAAAACAUUCCAUCCCUGAAGUCUAUUGAUAAACUUAUCCCCAUUUUAAGCAGUGAGUUCCCUUCCUGGAACAAAAGAGCUACCCUGGCUAAGCAAAUACUCAACUUUGUAAAAAGAACUGAUGAAAUGGAGCACCCUAUACACUUCUGUGACAUCAAGUCCCCACAUUUUGGGUUCACUUAUGAUGACAAUGUGCGAUUCAUUGAUGCUGAUUUAGUCAUAGCUGAUGAGGCUCUGAGCUCAAGCCUUGGCUCACUCAAGUGUGUGAAACAUGAAGAUUGUGCUAUAUACGACUGCCAGGGUUGGUGUGACCUUAAGGCAGGCUACUGCACCAAGAUUAGGACAAACAACAAUUUACAGUCUGUGUGUGCCAAGAUUUUCCGCAGUGAAAUUAUCUCAGCCUAUGGAGGACUGCUGAGUUCACCUCCUAAACAUAUUGCUGAUAAGUUGACAGCUCUAGUCAACAAGUGUGCAGAUGAGGUGACCACAAAUGACCAAGGAGUAUCUAUGCAGAGGCCAGAUAUACAGGUUUUAACAACUCUACAGAAAUAUCUCAAUGAAAGCUUGAGCUGAAACCUGGAACAAGUUUUUUUCUUUGUUUUAGUUAAGUGAACAAUCUUUCUUUCAAAUUAUUUAGUAUGUGAUGCAUAUAAAUAGUGAGCUCAUUAUAUGUUAUUUUAAUGCACUGAGCUAAUUAUUUGGUGAGUUCAAAUUAAGAUUUGAUCAUGCAGUCAGUUCAAACCAUGAUAAUUUUAGCAUAAUAUUGUAUAUUAUAUAAUAUUUAUAACAGUAUGAUAUUGAUACAGUAUUGAUACUUGUCUAUUACUAACGGACAAUUAUGGAAAUGGACUUAAAAGAACAAAUAAACACAGUCUGCCUUGAGAAGUGGUUAACAAAUGUAUUUACUCUGCAAAUAGACAUGUCAGAGGGGUACAAGAUUUAAGUGUAUUCUUCUGUUACUAAGGGUUGUAUCAUAACUAAUAGAUUAGCCAAGGUAUUUCUACACUGUCAAUCAGUUAUAUUAUAUUAAUAUAUACUAUGCAUAUUAUGUUUCUAAAGUUUGAUCUUGUAAAAUCUUUCUCUUGAGAACUUAUAAAAUAUUUCUCUUAUGACCAUGUAAUACAUGCUGAUGUUAGCAACCAAUAGAAAAACUUGCCAGAUAAUAUAUGAUAGUAAUUAAAUGAACACCCUUUAGAAGAUCUUGCUGUUAAAUAUUGUUAAGUAUUUCUGUUUCCGUGCCAGCAAUAGACAAGGUUAUCAUGAGACCAGUACAAUCCAUUUGCCUUUUUCCCAGCUUAAAGUCAAGUCCUUUGACAGGUUUAAGAAUUUAAAUCAUGAAAAAAAUAUAUGGUCCUCCUGUCUCCACCUGGACUUGACCAUGCAGUCUUCAGAUUGACAACUGUCAAAUUAAUCUUUUUUUUUUCUUCAUUGUAUGGAGGGGCGGUGGCUGGGCCGUAAAGAGCUUCUAAACUGGGGGUCCUGGGUACGAAUCCUGGUGGAGACUGGGGUUUUUAAUUUCAGGAUCUUUGGGCGCCUCUGAAUCCACCCAGCUCUAACGGGUACCUGACAUUAGUUGGGGAAAAGUAAAGGUGGUUGGUCGUUGUGCUGGCCACAUGACACCCUGUGUUAACCGUAGACCAGAGAAACAGAUACCUUUAUAAGGUCUGAAAGGGGGAUUUUUUUUUUUCAUUUUAACAAUCAACACAUACCAAUUAUAUACAAGGGCAGACAAUGCAUGCAUGCAGAUCUUUGUUUAACUGUACUCUAAUAAUAUUAGAAAAAAAAAUCUCAAUAGUAUGAACCUUCCAGCAUAAGGUUUGAUUGACCUUGUUGUUUUUUUUAGAAUAAGCUUGUAGUGCUUUUUAGCUCAUUGCAUUACUGCUGUAGUAAGAUGACUUGAUAUUAGCUACUAUUCCAAGUGGUAUAGAAGUAGUUUUUUUUAUAUAUAUAUAAUAUUUUAAUUGAAUUUUAUCAAUAGGAGCUUUUAUCUUGUAUUUGUGUUUGUGUAUAUAGAAAUUAUAUAAUUUCAUAAGGCUUAAACAGUUUCUGAAUUUACUCUGCUGCUAUAUAAAACAUUUACUAGGGGUGUAAGAGCCCUUUCUUUUUGUGUUGUGAAACUAGUGGAUAUCAAUAGAUAUAUGAGGAGUGACUUAAAAGGAAAUCUUACUUUCUAGAUAUCUUAGAAUGGGUAACAUUUCAUUGCUUUUUACUAGAUAUUUUUCAGCUGUAAAGUUGCUGUUUGUUAAGAUAAAUGGUUCUCCUGAUGACCUGUGGGUAUGCUGCAGCCAACACAAUGAUCUGCAAUGCUUAUUAUUUCAUGUAUCACUUUUUCUUUAAAUCUUGUAAGUUUGCUAAAUUUAAAAUAUGUUUUCGCUUGACUGUCAUCCCACUAAUGAAUUUGAUAUAUUGAUGCUGGUGUUAUAUUUGUAUCUCUACAUUGGUCAUAUUAACAUAUUAUUUUUUAAUCAAAGUAUUUUGUACAUAUGUUUUGGUGGGUUGCUUGUUUUCUAACUAAAUCUUAUAUUUUGUAUAAGUUGAUCAUAAUCAAUUUUUUGGGGUGAAAUGUGAUAUGUAUAUAUUAUAUUGUAUAUAAAAUGAUAGAUAAGGUGGACAUCUUUGCUGGCGAGGAUGAGCAUGACUUUGUUUCUUGUUUUAUUUUGGUCUGGGCUCAAAGAGCUCUUCCUUUAUGUUGCAGCACAUAUCAGAAUAAAACAUAGACUAGUGCAAACUAUGACCAGUGGACCAACUCUGAACCAGUAAAAUUGAGAAUUAUACUUCCAUCAAAAUAAAAGUUGUUGUUUUUUUGUAUAUGAGUUGAUGCUGUCUGUCACCUGAACAAAAUAAAUGUUAAGAUACAAGAAGAAAAUCAGUUUAUUUACAAUAUUUGGGUCCUUCUUUAAAUUUCAAACAAUACUUUGUUCUCUAAGAGGAACUCCAAGGCUAAUUUGAAAGAUUUCAAAAACAUAAUUGCAGUUUUAAAAAAUUGUUAUUUUCAGGAAGUCUUUUAAAGUGGAUUUCACAUUAAUAGAACUGAGUAAUAUUCUUCUCAAUUAUAGAUAUUAUAAAAGUUUAAUUUUUUCUAGGGCUUUUCAAAAUCCACUUUUCCAAAUUCAAUAUCUCAUGAUCAGAGAAUUUGUGAAUGAAUUGAUAUUUGAACCAACUACUGGUGAACUGUUAUCAAAACUCAUGCAUAUACCAUUUUACAGUAUUUUUUUAAAUAAAUAUUAUGGCCCAUCAAAAUCUUUGCUUUUAGAUUUUAACACCGCUCCUUAAGUUUGCUCAUCACUUGUCUAGCUGAUGUUGUGAUUAUUUGAAGUUACUCCCAUCAAAUUAGAAUAGAAGAGAAAUAUAAAAAAUUGCAGGUUUUAAGGUCAACAUUCCAUGUAAUUUUAAAAUAGUUGAAAGGGGAGACUGUAGAUAAAUGCUUGUUUGUUGUGUUUGGAUAUUUCAGUGAAGACAGAACUGUUGUUGUGUUUGGAUAUUUCAUUUUUAUUUUUUUUUUUAGUAUAGCCAUGGCUCCUUGAUUAUUUGUGUUAUAACCAUUUAUGUUAACAAAUAUUUUGUACUCUCUUUAUUUUCACUGUUUUAGUCCCAGAAAACAUUUUUGAGUUGAAGCAUUUCUGUUACUAUUUACUCUGUGCAUGCUUUGUAUAUUUGUAUAGUCGUGUUCUCUCACAUGAUAUAUAUCUAUGGCCUCCUUCAGUCGCAAGCAACUAUGGAUCAUCUCAUGGAAAUGGGAUGAUUGCCUGGGCAUUGGCUGUGGUUGGAAUGAUGUCGCCCACGCAUCAGUUCCCCCCCUCUCCACGCAGCUGAUGUAUCCAAAGGAACGGCAGUGCCGAUACAGUUUGUGGUCAUCGGCGUCACAGGUUCUGCCAGGGUGUAGCACUGGGUGCUGCAAACUUAGGAUCGCCAGCUCCUGAUUUUUCCUCGGGGUUGACUCCCGUAGUCUUUCCCAUGAUUGGGUAUAGCUGCAAGGCAACAGAGGUUUGAAUUUAGAGUUUUCCUUCUAGGUGGGUAGCCAGCCAUGGCUAACGAGCCCCUCCUGCCCGAAGCUAACUGGUUUCAAUGAUUUUCCCAAGUUAUAGUGCAUGACAUUAUGCAUGCUCUCUUCCAAGAAGAUUUAUUCAGUUACUAAAUCAUGACUAGACCAAGGGAGCUAAACAAGGUUCAGCCUUAGUAGAUCAUUCUCUUCUGUUUGAAAGUGACUGACUAGCUUGUACUCAAGUGUUAUGAAAUUAAAUUAAAACAGAACUGAAAAUACUAUGCUCAGCUUGCUGUACACAGAUUUGACUUUAAAACCACAACAUACUUUUACCUUCAUCAGUGUGGGAAUCUACAUUUUAUCUUUGGAAUGUUUUCAUAUCCAUACUUCAUACAAACUUUUUCUAAGUUAAUGAAAAGGCUCAUUGAAAAACUUGUUAGCUUUAUUGGUAAUAUCAGUUUUGGACUAAUGUUGGAUCCUAGUUUUAAAAAAGCAAAGUAUUUCUAACAUUUUUGUACAUGUACUUACUGUUAUCAUGUGUACAAAGUAUUACCUUCUGCUUGGCUUAUUUGAAGUUAUUACAACUUUUACUAUUCUGACUUUCAUGUAUUUGCUUGGGUUCAGUUUAGGUGGCUAGUAACUAUUACAUUUUCACUCAUUACCGAUUAUAUUUAUUUUUAUCACACUGUUGAGUUCAAGUUUAUUACUUUUUUCCCCAAUUUAGCUGCAAGUUGUUAUGCCUAUACUGCUUAAGUAAUUAAACCUUCAAUAUUUUUUUUCCCAUCACUGAUACAACAUUCCAGUCCAAUAGUCUGCUUGACUUGUAGCAUUACUCCUAUACUAUUGUUGUUCACAUGUACUUAUGUUAAGCAUAUGACUACCACUUGUGGAUGUCUAUAGUAUAUAUUUAUACUAUUUUAAAAAUAUAGAUCAAAUACUACAAACCAUUUUAUUGUAUUAAACUUUCACUGCUGGAGUAUUAUUUUUAUUUCAGAAAAGUAAAAGUAUUAUCUAUGAAACUGAAAAUGACAUUUUUUUUUAUUCCUUUGUGUAGCAUUCUUUGAUUUUAUAGUAGUUUGUUUUAAAUUUGUAUUCAAUGUAGGAUGUUAGUUUAGCAGCAGUUUUUUUUUUUAAUUUAUUUUCUCCUAGUUUAGCUUUGUUUGUUAUCUUAUGUUGCAGAUGGCUAAUAAAAAUUAACAAUUUUUCACCAACACCUUUUCAGACUGCUUGUUACUAAAAAUUCUCAACACAAAACCAUUAUUAGACAAAAGAGUUUAUUCCAACUGACAUGAUAGUCUGCCACUCUCUCACACACACAGAAACUUGAAUGAAACAGUGAACUAUUCAACUAACACAUACACUUACAAUAAAUAGCUAAGGAGUACAGAUAUGAAGAAAAAAGUGGAUUCAAUAUCACAUCAUGUUCUUAAAAACUAAAAAAUUUGUUAAGUCUUGAGAAUUUAAAGAGUUUACAAUUGGGUUUAAUUUUGCAAAAUUUCAUUACUGUACCUAAAUUGCCAAGGAAGGUAUUGUUCAUUAAAUAAAUGUACCCAGUAUCUGUAUAGAACUCUAGAACUAGUUUAAGAGAACCAAUAACAUCUUGAGAACAGUAAAUGAAGACAAUGAUUCAUAUAGGUUCAGAUAAAAGAGUCUAGGCAGGACUCGUGAUUUUGAAAAACCAAAGGGAGAGAAUAUAUUGUUAUUGUUUCACAUUUGUCACACAUCAGCAAAGUUUUUCUUUUCCUCAAAAUUAUGCAAGGAAUUUAAGUUACCAAGGAAAGCUUUGGAUCAGGAACACUAUUUUUAAAGAAAUAAAAUAAAACAGUUCUUUCAUUCUUAUCUUCAGGAUUGCAAUGUGUUCAUUUGAUUGAAGGCUAAUUACAAAAAUACUAUGGGUUGUUUAUUUUAAAUCUCCUUUCAUUAAAUUGACAAAACAAAACUAAUGGGGAGAAGAGCCCUCUUUUCAGCCAUUCAUAUGCAUUCAUCAUUGAAUGAAAAAAAAAAUCUGGACUACAUGUUUAACCAAGCUUAAAUGACAAGACAGAGUGCCAAAUUACACAAGUGAACCUCAAACCAAAGUAUAAACCAAGUGUCAUGACAAAUGAUCUGUUCACCCCACAAUCAAAUAUUGCACAUUGAAAAUAAAAUAAAACACUCAUCACUACAUGCUGAUCCAUGUAAUAGUCAGUUUGGUUUUGGGUUUGACUAAGUUCUAGGAUGAACCAAAUGAAAAGAAAAAAAAUAUUCUCUCAAUAUUUAAUGGGAAAAGAUUAGGGAGGGGGGGGUCUCAAACGUUUUACAUUAUUUCCUUAAAAUGUCCCAAUGGAAUAAUAACCAUGCCCAAGACCUCCCUAAACAUUAAAUGGAGCAGAUAUCAAACAUUCACCCCAACAAUAGAUGAGCACAACACAGUAGGAUUAAUUAUGUUUAGAUCAUGUCCAAAAAAAAAAAAGAACAAAAA